UGUGGUUCGGUUUUUGUAACGAGGUGUUGUGCAAAUGGCUGAUAUUGCUGGCUUACAAGAGGCAGCUGGUUCUAGAUUUUCUUCGCGGAGUUGAUUGGGAGAGGAUCUUCGGGGAUGUCUAUAAAGCGUUUGAUAAGGAGCUUAACAAAGAAGUUGCUAUUAAAGUUAUUGAUUUGGAAGAAUCAGAGGAUGAAAUUGAGGACAUUCAGAAGGAAAUUUCUGUUUUGUCACAAUGCCGAUCGCCAUAUAUUACUGAGUACUAUGGUUCUUAUCUCCACCAGACAAAACUGUGGAUAAUUAUGGAAUAUAUGGCCGGUGGCUCUGUUGCUGACCUACUCCAAUCAGGUCCGCCACUGGAUGAAAUGUCAAUCGCUUGCAUUUUACGUGAUUUGCUGCAUGCUAUUGAAUAUUUACAUACUGAAGGAAAAAUUCACAGAGAUAUAAAAGCGGCAAACAUUUUAUUGACAGAGAAUGGUGAUGUUAAGGUUGCAGAUUUUGGCGUUUCUGCACAAUUAACAAGGACAAUAUCAAGGAGAAAGACAUUUGUAGGAACUCCAUUCUGGAUGGCACCAGAGGUGAUUCAAAAUUCAGAAGGGUACAACGAGAAGGCAGAUAUCUGGUCUCUGGGAAUAACUGUGAUUGAGAUGGCGAAAGGAGAGCCCCCACUUGCAGAUCUUCACCCAAUGAGAGUUCUUUUUAUAAUACCUCGAGAAAAUCCACCGCAGUUGGAUGAACAUUUUUCUCGCCCUAUGAAAGAGUUUGUUUCAUUGUGUUUGAAGAAAGUACCUGCUGAGAGGCAAAGUGCGAAGGAACUUCUCAAGCAUCGAUUUAUCAGGAAUGCUAGGAAGAGUCCAAGGCUUCAGGAGAGAAUAAGAGAGCGGCCAAAGUACCAAAUAAAGGAAGAUCCAGAUACACCAAUAAAUGGUGUUAGAUCUGUAGGAGACGGGUCUGGCACUGUGAAGGUGGCAAGAGAUGUGAGAAGUGAUGAAACCGUUCGAGCCAGUAGUCAGGGGCAAACCACUAGAAAUGCUGGGUGGGACUUCAGUAUUAGUGGAUCACAGAGUACAGGAACUGUCAGAAGUGCUGUAAGGCCACCUCAGAUUAGAGAAAGGAAACCAGAAGUUUCGUAUAAUCAAGCUACCCAAAGGAGAACUUUAGAGGGUGAUAACCAGUGGUCUGGAAGUGCAUUUCGUGAAUCGCUAGAACUUUCUUCUGGAAAAGAUGCUAGGGAUUUAUAUCAUGAUGACUACGAGGAUAAUAGCUAUGAAGAUGAUGAGGUGAGUGGCUCAGGAACCGUUGUUAUAAGAAGCCCAAAAAAAUCUCAAUCAUCUGGUCUCUUCCAUGAUCGAAGUAGUCUGUCUAGCAGCAUGUAUUCUGCUGUUGAAGACGCUUCUACCAGUGGAACUGUUGUGUAUCGUGGUCAACAUGAUGAGCCUGAUUAUAUUCGCACUCCAAAAUCCAGACUAGGAAUUCAAGAGAGAACUGCAAGUGCCUCACUUGAAGACAGUUCACAAAACCUAGCGGAGGCAAAAGCUGCUAUUCAGAGUGGGUUUAGGAAAGGGAAUGCUAGAGAAAGAUUAGGGCUGGGCAAGAUCAAUAAUGAUGGGCAGGAAUAUCGAAGAAGAGAGCAAAUAACAAGCAGCUCUGAUUCUUCCAGAGAUUCCCGGGACUACUUUGAUGCACAAAGAGCAUUUUCUAGAUCACGCCAAGCAAGUGAUGAUGAAGAUAGUGCAAGAAUAACAUCAUCAUCUGCACCAUUGUCAGUUUUGCUUAUCCCUUCCUUAAAAGAGGCAGUUGCUGAUGAUGCAGAAGGACCUGUUGUGCAUCAGGUCAUAAGUUCAUUAAUGAAUAUGGAACGCAUGAAGCCAGGUUCUUGUGAAGUUCUUGUCAGAAAGUUGCUUCAGCAAUUAGCAAGUUCAAAAGAGUCUUCGAUGAAAGAUAUCCAGGAGCUGGCUGCUCGCAUCUUCGCAAAGUUCAAAACAACAUCUGAAUUAACACAAAAUGUAAAUUCCGAGGCUGAUAACAAGAAAAAGCAACAAACAAAGGAAGUACCAUCAAACGCUAAUUUAAGCCCACUUGCGAGGUUUCUACUCUCAAGAUGGCAAGGGCAAGCUUCUCGGGAUCUCAACCCAACUUAAAACCGGAUGUUGGAACGGCAAUUACAUCUUUGUUAGUGUGUUUUCUGUUUAUGCAUUUAUUCUGAUUUGAUGUACAUAACAUUGUAAGAAAUUGUGUAUUUAUUAUCCACCAUUAUUAUUUUUCUAUCUCAAAAUUUUGUUUUGCAGUUGCAGAAGCUUUGGUGCAUAAUUAGGUUUGCUAUUAUUAGCAUUGUA